AUGUCCCUCACUCUCAAGCUGGUGUCGCUCACCAUCCGAACACUUGCAAAACCCAUAGGUGUAUGCUUUCUGCUUUCACAAUUUUGGAGAAAUCCGCUGAUGACAUUUGCAGAACUAUAUCAAAAGACAAGCGAAGGAGCAUGAAGGUUUCCGACGCUUUGCGGUCUCUUCGGCUCAGCGAGUUCACCGAUUCGACAUGCGUAUGCGACUCGGCAUCCUGCACGAUCCAGAGGCUCAGCAACGUAUGCAUGAGCGCGAACAACGGGCGGCAGAAGAGAAGAAACGGAGAGCGGAGACACCCACAGUGCGGAGCGAGGCAGAGCAGAAGGCUUACGAUGAGCAGAAAGCAAAGGCGAGCUCGGAAGAAGGAAGCGAGAAAAAGGAGGACAAGCCCCACAAAGUCAAGAUCCGACCACUCUCCGAAUCCAGAGCAAUAGAAUUGGGCGCGAAUUUCUUUUCGGAAGCGUUCAUCUUCGGUGUUGCCGUUGGAGUGCUUCUGUUCGAGAAUUGGCGUAGUCGGAGGAAGGAGAGUGCGCGACGCGACGAGGUAGCAGAGCGGCUUGAGCAGCUAGAGAGCGAAGUGGAGAGUCUGAGGGCCAAGCUGGACCCCGACCUGGAGACUUUGCAUGACCUUAGCGAACGUAUCAAAGAGGCCAAGCAGAGAAGGGAGAGUGGAAACUGGUGGAAUCCCCUGACUUGGGGACCAGCACGGACACCAGAAGAUACUGCCAUCAUGGAAGAAGGACGAGACGUGGGCAAGUCCGUCACUCAAGAUGAAGAGCACGUGGUGCCGAUGAGAAAAUCUCAGGCUCUCACCGAGAAGGAGGAAGCCCCACACAGCGUAACAGACAAGCCCGCCGAGCAGUCGAAGCAAGAUGACGGCAAGACACAACCCGAGCAGAAGGCUGAGGAGAAGAAGCCGUCUGAUGUGAAGAAGGAGGAGAAAUCGCCUGUACGAGUAGACUCCGUGGCGGCAGUGAAGAAGGAAAGAUGAUUCUACCGUAUUCCCAACUCUCGAUUGCAUUUGGCUAAAUGAUACCCCACUUCUGCUAGGGACGAAACACUACAUCGCGUGCACAAGAAUGGAGGUACGUGUGAAUAAAAAUUAUAUAUCACGAUACGUCGCCGUCGGAAGCGAUAUCCCGAAAGCGCGCUCGAGGAAGGUGCAGCCCGGCGGCCUUUCCAUACCUCAGAAGCGUGCUAAGUUCUGGAGACAUCCAAUGGAAUCCUUCAACUUCUUCCCACAACCUCUCCGUCUGCAUGCACAUCUUCGUCUACAUCACGCUGCGGAAAGAUGUUCUGCAACUCACUUCGGCGUCGACCACAGUACGCGUCGAUCGUGACGCGCUUGACACAGUCCGACGUCCUUGGCUUGCGCGGUAAGGCGGCCUCCCACACAAUCUCUCCCGAGAAAGACGAGAGAUGGGAGCUAAAAUGGAGUAUCAGGCGCUGAUCUCGGCGGUCACGACAUUUCCCUGCCGCUCGCCACUCAGCAAGAUCCGGGAACCGGCCAAGAGGUACAAUCACGCCAGCUCCGAUUCGUGCUUCUUUCGCCUUUGGAUGUCACCGACGCAAAUGUUCAGGCCACCCGCGAACGUAUCAGGCAGCUUGGUAUCUCGCUGGACAUGCAACCUGCUGCUGUAGUCUUUGUCCUAUCAUGCCCACGUGAUAGCAGCUUCCAUUCUGCGAAAGCCCUUGCUCUGGCUAGCGACGACGAGGAGCAAGCGAACACGACGGCCAUGCUCGCCUAUGCAAAGAUUCAAGCAGAGCUGAUCAACAUUCAUGGAGUGUCCAGGAUCUCCGUGCUGCCGCUCACCAAGCUAGAAGACCUACCAGAGCUAUUGAAAAAGCACAGGACCGCCGUGGCAGGCCAUACACCACUCAGGAUGGCACAGCAACCUCCAUCUACUACGGCUCGUGAGCUACUCCAGCUCUGUACCGCUGAUCCGCCAAUGCGCGAACAGGUCGGCCACAUAUUGUCUGAUAUCUUUCCCGAUCUUCCGACUUUGGCUGAAGCUUGCACGAUCCUAUGCUCUCCGCCAUCCUCAAGUUCACCAUCGACACGUGCUGCAGCAACGCAAGCCUCCUCGCAUUACUUCCAAAACACCGAGACAGAUGCUGAACUCCGCUCGAGCCAGCCAUGGCACUACUCGCCCGACCCAGCUGUCAGUAAUGCGCGUGCCAGACUCAGACAGCUAGAGGACGCGGUGGGCUUUCGGCAGUGUGAAGCAGUGAUGGAAUUCUGGAAGACAGAACACGCUCCUACUCACGAUUCAUGA